CUUUCCUUUCUAAAAAAAAAUUCAUCGUGUUGGACCAAAAUUUGACAUUUCAAUUUCAUUUUUUGCUGAACUUUGUUGUGUAAAUGCAUAAACUGUGUGACGUGUUAAAAAAAAUAAAAAGCUUGGUUAUUUGAAUAAUAUUAAAAUUUAAAAAAAACCCACAUCACCAUCACAGAAAUUUUCCUGUUGCCAUGAUGGAAAAUUCUUCUUCCAUAAAAAAAUGCGGCAAAUCGCAAACAACGAUAAUAGAAAAUAAAAAUAAAUGGAAGAGAAAUGUAGCAAUUGCCGCAAUGGUUCUUGUUGUUUUCCUAUCGCUGCCGGCUAUUUGUAAAUCACACGGUUCUCAGCAACCUGCAAGUUUUAAAUAUUCCAGAGAAGCUAAUGAGAACUUUGAUUCGAGUUCAGCGAAGCAACAUAUUCAUGAACAUGGACAUCAUCAUCAUGAUCAUCAUCAUGACCAUGAUCAUGAUCAGCAUCAUGACCAUCAUCAUCACGGACAUGAUCAUGACCAUCACCAUCAUGAACAUGAUCAUGAUCAUCAUGCACAUGUUCACGCUCAUCAUCACCAAGAAGCCACAAAAAAACCACAGGCUCCAUUGGAUAUGUCCACUAUUUGGCUCCAUUCGAUCGGGUCCACUCUGCUCAUCAGUGCCGCACCAUUUGUGCUGUUGUACAUUAUCCCGCUGGACAACAGCGAGGCAAUGAGACCGAGAUUGAAAAUCCUUUUGGCCUUCGCUUCCGGCGGCCUUUUAGGUGACGCAUUCCUCCAUCUUAUUCCCCAUGCGGCACACCCACAUACUCACGGUGACCAUGAUCACGGCCACAGUCAUGGCCAUAAACAUAGUCACGGUGAAGAAGCCCACGACCACGGCCACGACAUGACCAUCGGGCUUUGGGUGCUCGGUGGGAUAAUUACAUUCCUUGCCGUCGAGAAACUCGUGCGCUUAAUUAAGGGAGGACAUGGUCACAGUCAUGGUCCAACAAAAAGUGCUCCUGCCGCCCAGGAAAAGCCCAAAACUGAUGAAAAAUCCAAAAAAUCUAAAGAUUCGGCACCCAAGAAAUCGGUGAAAAAAGUUGAAGAGAAACACGAUGAAGUCGAGAUUGCUGGGUAUCUCAACUUGGCAGCCGAUUUUGCCCACAAUUUCACAGAUGGUCUCGCCAUAGGUGCCUCCUACUUGGCUGGCAAUAGCAUUGGCAUUAUUACAACAAUCACAAUUCUACUCCAUGAAGUCCCGCACGAGAUUGGAGAUUUCGCCAUUCUCAUCAAGUCUGGUUGCUCGAAACGUAAAGCAAUGAUGUUGCAACUUGUGACAGCGUUGGGAGCGCUUGCAGGCACUUCAUUGGCAUUGAUGGGUGCUGGUGGAGAUGCUGCAGCUACAUGGGUUCUACCAUUCACUGCUGGUGGUUUCAUUUAUAUCGCAACUGUGAGUGUAUUGCCUGAGUUGUUGGAAGAGUCAACUAAACUUGGUCAGUCACUCAAAGAAAUCUCAGCGCUAUUAGCUGGGGUUGGUCUAAUGGUGUUCAUAGCUAACUUUGAAUAAGUUUCCUUUUCCAGCGACUGUGUAAAAAAAAAGAAUAAGGUAUAGAUAAAUAUAGCGAGAGGGAGUGAACUUAUUGUCGCUGUAAGAGUUUAAAUUAAAUAAGACAAAACUGUAGCUGUGCUUUAAGAAAUACAGCUAAAUGGCUGCAAAAGGAACUUACAGUUGGGAUUGCUAUUGUUGAAUUAGACUUUAGGAAUAAAUGUGAAAUUGUUGUAAAGAGAGGUAAACAAGUUGAA